UUCUGUUGCCUUUAAUCCUCAAACACCGCAACAAUCCCUCGUUAGCAUCAACAUGUCCAAUGUGACAAAACUCACUUCCACAAACUACAUCAUGUGGAAUGUGCAAAUUCGUGCUCUCCUUGAAGGGCACAAUCUGGAAUAUUUCAUUCUAGACAGCAACAUUAUUCCGGCAGCCAUGAUCUCUUGUGAUGACUCUCUUGUUGCAAAUCCGGCCUUCGAACCUUUCCGACAACAAGACAGAUUGUUGUUCUUUGCUCUUCUUGGCACUAUCAGCUUGCCCCUGCAGCCGAUGGUAGCACGCUCGCGGUCUGUCCGUGAUGCUUGGGCUUCACUUGCCAAGGUAUAUGGCAAGGCCUCUCGGGGACAUCUUCUUCAACUCAGGGAUCAGAUCAAAAGAUCUACCAAAGGCAAAUGACUCACCUAUCUCUGUGGAAGAACUUCAUGAGAAAUUGCUUCACCAUGAAGCCAAGCUUGCCAUCUCCCCUGUUGUGGCGCCAUCUCUCUUCCCUGUCAUGGCCAAUGUUACCAACCCACAGUCGCGACCAGCCUUUCGUGGCAAUGGUCCUCCCCGAGGUCAUCAUAUGCAU